CGAUAAACCAAUAAAGUGGUAUUGGUUAAGGAGAAAGCAAAAUAAUAAGGUAUAAGUCUACAUAGCCUGAAAUAAUCCUUUUAUAGAACAGUAGUCCACGAAUACUUGGCACUUGGACUACAUAGCAACAAUCAAUAUGGCCGUCUCGUGGAAAGGUUGAUCAUGCCACCAGCUGGGAUCUCGGAUAUAGGACUCAAUUGCAUAAGAACAAAACAUGAAUGUCUUAAAGAAAUAUCAUUGAGCGAAUAAGACUUUUGACUGGCGUCACACACCUGAGAUUUUGAUACAGGCUUGGCAAAUAUGGCUACCGAUGGGAGUACACAUAGUUUCGACUUCCGUAUGUCAAAGAAGGUUGCUGAACUGACUCAAGUCGUUCAUAUGCUCUUUACUCGGAAUCACGAGAGGGAGGUCGAACUUGAAGCAUACAAAGAUGCUUAUGAAUACGAGAUUGAAGUCAUAUUAAAAGAUGCUCGCUCAAAAAUAAAGCAACUUGAAGAGGAACUUGCAAAAGCGACUGUUACUUUUGGAACGAAUUCUUCACAGGUCGCGGAUAAAUACGAAGCCAAGUUAAAGAAAAAAGAACAGGAAUGGCAAAUCAAAUUACAAACUUCAGAGGCGGCUCUAAAAGAGGAGCAAAAUGAAUGCCAAAAAGUACGAGAUAUGUUAAUCAUGGCUCAAAAUGAUAUUGAACAAUUAAAGGGAAACCAAUCUCAACAAAACAAAGAUCUGGCCGAAGAACUGGAACGUAAGACAAAAUACAUAUACGAACAAAAACAUAUCAUACAUCAGCUUGAACAGCAGGUUAAAUACAAAGAGCAACAUCGAAAUGACGUGCUAGCUCAGCUUAAACAAGCAAAUGCCAAAUUAACCUCCGAACUGGAUGACACUAAAAAAGCAAUAGAUGAAUCUCAGAGAACUAAAGAAGAUCUGAUAGGAAAAAAUAAACAACAAGAGUUAGAAAUAAAAACUUUAAAGAAAGCAUUAAUAACCCACAGCAAUACCCCUGGUCAGAAAGUUGUAAGAACUGAAAAAGCAAUGCUAAAGCCUCAAAGAGAAGCACUGUCACAGACUAAUGUAGCUGCACUUAAAAGGAAAAAUGAUUUAGAAAUUGAACGACUUAAAGAGGAUUAUAACGAGGAGAUUGAGCGUCUUCGGAAGGAGAUUCAGCGAUAUCGCAUGGAACUUUAUAACCGAGAGGGGAAUUUUAACAGAACAUUUGCCAAUACAAAACCUGUUUUAGUGGACCAAAGAGCGGGAAAAGUUGCCCAUCAAAGUCCAGUUGGUGGGCCAGUAAUAGGACAUUUACCUCGGUCAAAUACAGUUAUUGAAUCGGGACGCCGGUCUUCUAUAGACAAUGGCAUAACACGAUCUCAUACUGUACUAGAGCGCAUGGAACGAGAGAGAUCUUUUUUGGCGUUUGCAGAAAUGGCUGACGAACUUGAGGCAUCUAAAAGCGCACCAGCCGGGCUUCACAGACUACCCACUCUAGGAAUGGACCACAAGAGUAGGCUUGGUAGACUCUCAAAACCAAAGCCAAUUGCAAGAGAAAUGCUAAGCAGUAAACAAUGAGAGAAAGUCAUAGAUGAACGAGUUUUGAAAAUGUGGAUGAGACUAUUUGGCAGAAAAGUUGUUACAACGAUGAAAUUGUAAUGGCCGCUAAAUAUACACAGGCUGGCUAUAACAUUCGGUUCUUCCCUUUGCCCAUUGGAGUGAAGAGUAAGAAUUUUCGUCAGUAUUGUCCGAUGGACAGUUGCUCAAUUUAAAGCAUUUACAUAUUAAAUGUUUCGUGAUAUGUCAUUGAUUAUCUAAACUUAAUUUUAUGAAAUAAACGAUAUUCUAAAGUAAAUUUUUUGAGUCGGUUGGUAUUAGAUUGAUGCACUAGUUUUGCUAAAUGACCCAGUUCUGAUAGUUCAACUCAUAGUUGCUACUCAUGAAAAAAGUAUACAAACUUUUCUAAUAGUUAAUAAUUGUGAAAUAAGCCAGCAAAACCAAAACUCCGAUCAUCUAAUGCAAUAGUCGCAAAUAACAAAAAUAGGGCAGGGUUCAAUUGUAAGCAAAGUUGUGUACUCUCACUUACACGACCCUACAUGAUUGAAAAGUCCCUUGUUCAGUCUCUCUGAACGUUUAAUUCAUUUUCACACUGGCGGAUCUGGG